AUGGGUUAUAAUGCCGUCGUUGACAAGAUGCUCAAGGUCCUCGCCAUGACCCCCUCACAGGCAACAGCCACAGUGAUGAUGGUUUCUCCGGACGUCGUCGUCGAUACUAUGAUACCCGCACACCUGAUCACCAUGGCCGUCAAGCUUCAUCACAUAAGGGACUACUGA